UGGCUUAGAUACAUUGUAUCGAGGUACGUUGUUUUUUUAACGUUGUAUUUGACAGAUUUAAUACCUAAGUGUUUUUUGAUGGAUUCAGAGGUAUAAUAAUUUUGUAACAUAAGUUAUUGUACCGGUUUUAAAUAUUUUAAAGUAUAAUUCAGUUAUCUAUACAUUAUAACUAUUAUGUCGAGAAACAAGAGCUCGGCGUUAUCAGAUGGCGUUGGUCGCGAAGCUCGUCGUCACAACGCCGAUGAAAACCCGACAGACGGGUUAGACGCCGGUCCAUCAACCAGUGGCGUCGGUGGCAUCGUUGAAAUGAGACGCGGCCGUCGAUCGUCUCGAGGUCGCCGAUCAAGGCGUAGGUCCGGUAGCAACAGACGAAGGAGGCGGUCAUCGAGGAGGUCACGGUCAGGGCGGAGGCGGGUGAGUGGUGACGAAGACGAGCAGGACAGCGAUUCGGAUUAUACCGACCAGGAACAGGACGAAUACGACGACAGCGAAGAAACCCGUGACGCGUCGGGCCGUCGGAGAAGGGGUAGGAGGAGUAGAAGCCGGAAGGGCAGACGGUCGUCGUCACGGAGUAGAAGACGUCGUAGUAGUCGGCGGCGUCGCCGUCCCCUGAGCGCUGCGGACGAAGAUGAUAUGAACGUCAUCGUAAAAAAGCAAAAUCUCGCGGGUUUGUCGUCCACCCCGUCAAAUUCACGUAGGCCACGAGGAGCCGUCGUCGUCGCAGCGGCAGCCGGAGAAAAAGAACGUAGACGGAGUAGGCGUCCAUAGGAUUGACAACAGCGACGUGCAAAUUUCCACCUAUUGCCACCGCCUAAGACUAUUGUUUCUCGUCAAUCGUCAAAAUAGUAAUAAUAAAUAGAUUUGUAUUAGUCAUUGCGUAGAUGGAGCAGAAUUCUGGCGGAGGAGUGGUGUCCGGCACCAACGAGCUACUUAUAUCCGAAAAUCUCGUCGCCAUUCGGAUACAAAAACACUCGACUCGGGUCCUGCCGCAAUUAUUCUAUUACCUAUACAUAUAUUUUCAAACGCAAAGACUAUAAUAAAUAAUGAUUUUAUCAGAAUAAAAUAAUUAAAAGUAUA